GAAGUCGUUAUUUGGAUGAGUUUUUUUCUUGGAACCUUUUUCAGCACCAAGUGAUGGGCAGGGUAUUUCUGGUGGAACUUGACGGUAGGGUUUACAGAUGCAAGUUCUGUAAAAGCCACUUAGCUCUCGCCGAUGACCUCGUCUCCAGGGCUUUUCAUUGCCGUCGAGGGAAGGCAUACCUUUUCAACACUGCGGUGAAUAUCAUUGUUGGGGCAAAAGAGGAGCGGAUGAUGCUCUCUGGAAUGCAUACUGUAGCUGAUAUAUUUUGCUGCUGCUGUGGACAGAUAGUUGGCUGGAAAUAUGAGGCGGCACAUGAUAAAAGCCAGAAGUAUAAGGAAGGAAAGUUUGUUUUGGAAAGGGGAAGGAUAAUAGAUGGAAUCGACUCAGAAUUCUAUCUGGAUACUAACCCUACCAUGAGUGAUGGUGAUGAUGCUUAGCAGCUAUACCUAUAUUGAAGCUUGUAAAUUCCUCAAUCUUUAGCUUUGCUGGGCUUGUAUUCUACUUCAAGCUGAGGGUAGGUGUAAUGUAGUACUGGA